CUUUGGUACCGUCGCUUUACGAGCGCCAUAAAGCUGGAUUGAGGGCAGGUGAACUGUGGAUGUGGGAACGGCUGCAGUGCAGAGCGGAUCACGGAUCGAAUCACAGAGCGGAUCACGGAUCGAAUCACAGAGCGGAUCACGGAUCGAAUCAGAGUUUCCGGAGCCAGGAAGCAGCGCCGCCAUGGACCCCCUGCUGUGGUGGAGCCUCGUCGUAGCUGGUGUGUGUGUGGUUGGAGCAGAACCUUUAGGCACUUCCGUGGUUAACUGUAAUGAAGGCGGUGCCGAGGAGCUGGGUCCAGUGGACGAAGGCUACACAGGCGACGUGGAGCUGCUGACCCACAUCCCAGCUGGACUCCGGGUGAAGCUGGUGCCUCAUCUGUUUCCCACACAUCUGGAGUUUCUGGAGCUGAGCUUCACCGAUGGAGACGCCACGGCGAGCGUUCGCACCAGGAAGCCACUGGACGCGGACGUUCUGUCCAACAGUGGCAGCACCUUGUACUACUCCGUCAUGUGUGAUGGAAUCGGAAAGCUCAACAACACUCGGACUCUUAAACUCGUAGACACGAAUGACAACGCACCAGAGUUUAAAGAGAAGUUCUACAAGGCCACAGUGAGUGAGACGCAGCAGGUGGACACUGAGGUCCUCCGGGUCACGGCCGUGGACGCUGACAGCACUUUACCAAACAACAGACUCACUUACUCAAUUGAACCGGCUUCAGAGGAUUUUCUUGUGACCAACUCGGGAGCUUUUCUGCUGAAGAGGCGCCUGAACUACAACCGAGUCAGUGAAUACGGCUUCACUGUGAAGGCGCAGGACGACUGGGGACUCAAUGACACCGCCAGCGUUCAGAUCCACGUCACAGACUACGAUGACUUCAGUCCAUAUUUCAGCCACAGCCAGUACCAGGCGUCUGUUCUGGAGAACGAGGUUGGAUCUCUGGGGGACAUUCGCCCUGAGGCGAUAAAGGCCCAGGACGGAGACAUGGGGAUCAACGCGACGCUUAUUUACAGCAUCAGUGCAGUGUCUCCAGACAGGUACAGGCCGAACUUUAGCAUGGACUCCGGCAGCGGAGUCCUGUCCGUGGUGACGGCCCUGGACCGGGACCAGCUGUCGGGCGGCGGCGUCUUCGUGGGCGUCACGGCGACUCAGACCGACGACGCCGCCAAGACGGCGGAUUGUGUGGUGUUCGUCGCGGUGGAGGACGUGAACGACAACGCGCCAGAGUUUGACCCGGCCCAGUUCUCUGUGGAGCUGCUCGAGAACUCGCCUUUGGACGCCGUUUUGUUCAGGGCCAUCGUCAAAGACCGCGACCAGGGAGGCUUUGACGGCACUUUGAGGAUCGUACCGGAGUCCGCUCCGUUCUCAAUCAGCUCUGACGGGACGGUGAGCGUGAGGGACUCUGCGCUUCUGGACCGAGAGGCCACGGAGGAAUUCACCUUCAUGAUCGAAGCGACAGAGACAGAAGCACCAAAUCAUGUAGCGACGGCAGAAGUCAGCGUGAAGCUCCUGGAUGCGAACGACAACAGCCCUGCGUUCAACAGCAGCCGCUACGAGGGAAAGGUGUCGGCAGAGCAGACGGAGGGAACCGUGCUGGUCCAGGUUCAGGCGGAGGAUCCUGAUGCUGGAGUAAACGGGCAAAUCCGAUACUCCAUUGAGUUUGGGAACGACAAUGGCUACUUCUCCAUCAGUGAAAGCACUGGAGAGGUCUCGCUGGCUAAACUCAUCCCACUGGUGGAAAACAGGAUUUUGACGUUCCAGCUCUUGGUGACGGCCAGAGACGGCGGCAUCACAUCCUGUUCCUCCUCAGCACAAGUCACCAUUCAGGCUCCCGGUGAUUCCAAGCCUCAGUUUUUACAAAGACGUUACCGUGGCACAGUAGAAGAAGAGCAGGAAGCAGGAGUUGUUGUUACGGAGGUUCAGUUUUUUGCUAUCGUUCCUGUCGUGCUUGAAGUAAAAACAGAAGCCGACAAGUUCUCCAUCUCCCCCAGUGGUGAGUUCACCACCACGGUGGAGCUCGACUUCGAUGAAGGUCCACACAGCUACUCUGUGGAGAUCUCCAUCUCUGAUGGGGUCACCAGCGACACGGCCAUCGUGGAAGUCCAAGUCACCGACGUCAAUGACAACAGUCCGGUUUUCAUCCCUGCGUCCAUCACAGAAAGCAUCCCCGAGGAUGCAGCGGUGGGAUCCAAUGUCUUAGAAGUGUCAGCGUCCGACAAAGACAGCGGCUUCAACAAGGAGCUCAGGUACUCGCUGAGAGGAGGCGAGGGGACCUUCUUCAUCCACCCUGUGUCUGGGAUGCUCAGCGUUGCCGGGGUUCUGGACAGGGAGACCAGAGCCCAGUACGAGGUGCUGCUAGUGGCUGAGGACCAGGGUCGUCCGGCCCAGUCCGCUACAGCUUCCCUGCUGCUCCAAGUGUCCGACGUCAAUGACAACACCCCAGUCUUCUCAGGGGCUCAGUACCAGGUCCAGGUCCUAGAGACGGAGCCUGUGGGUGCCAACCUGCUCACCUUAUCAGCAGCAGACACCGAUGAAGGAGCGAAUGGCAGAGUUGUGUACAGCAUCGCUGAGCAGAGCCCCUCGUCUGAACCUGCGGUUUUUGAGUUGGACUCCUCUAAAGGGAUUCUGCGCCUAGUCCAGGCUCUGAACUACAGUGAGGUGAAGGUGUACAACCUGAGGGUCCAGGCCACUGAUGGAGGAACUCCCUCUCUGACUGGGACAGUCUCCGUGGUCGUGACGGUCAUCGAUGUGAACAACAACCCGCCUGAGUUCAGUCAGGACCGAUACGACGAGGUCGUAGCGGAGAACCUGCCCAGCGGCGCCGCAGUCCUCGCGCUGGACGUUAGUGACAAGGACCAGGGAGGAUUCUCCAAUGGUUUCUUCAUCUGCUCCAGUGACACCUUUGACGUUAACAAACAGGGCGUGGUCUCACUGAGGAAGAACGUCUCGUUGGACAGAGAGACAAUGAGCAGCUACGUUCUACUGGUUGUGGCGGUGGACCAGGUCACUGACGGUCUAAGUGCCACAGCGCAGGUCCGCAUCACCGUCCUGGACUACAAUGACAACAGUCCACAGUUCCUAAGCGUCCCUGACCCGCUGGACCUCCCUGAGGGUCUCUACACAGAGGAGUCGCCGCGAGAGGUUUUCACCAUCCAGGCCACAGACGCCGACCUCGACCUCAACGGAGAGGUCGUGCUCUCCCUCGCCUCCCCUCACCCGCUCUUCAGGAUCAGAGAGGAUGGGAUGCUGCUGGCUGUGGGAGAUCUGGAUCGGGAAAGCCAGGAAACGUACGAGCUGGUCAUCAAGGCCUCAGACAGAGGAAGCCCACAGAGAGAGAACUUCACCACCAUCACCAUUCGGCUCCUCGACGUCAACGACAACAGACCUGAGUUCAGCUCCAACAUCUACAUGAGCAACAUCCUGGUGAAAGACACUGAGGAGGGGAAAGUUCUGCUGACACUGUCUGCCACCGACAGAGACGCUGGCGACAACUCGCUCGUCACCUACAGCAUCGUGGCAGGAGCCUCUCCAUUCUUGGCCCUAAACAGUGAAACCGGGGAGGUGACUUUGACCUCUGACCUCUCUGACCUCAAAGAGGACAUCAGGGAGAACAUGACGGUCGAAGCCACAGACCACGGCCGACCUCCUCUGAGCUCCACAGCCAGCGUGAUUGUGAACCUGGAGUUUAGUCUGGUGAAGGGCGUGACCUUUGAGAGCUCCUCCUACAACUUCAGCCUCCCUGAGAACCAGCAGACGGGGGUCCUGGUGGGGAAGGUACAGGCCUCGGCGGGCAGCAGCCUUUAUGACGUGACUUACUCACUAAAGACGGAGACGGACCUGUUCUCCAUGGACGCCAGCGGAGCCUUGGUGACCAGAACACCACUGGACCGGGAACAGCAGCAGUGGUACUUCCUGGACGUGGAGGCGGUGGACACGAGGAUGCCGCCUACGUCGGCCACCGCAGCGGUCCGGGUUCUGGUGAAGGAUGUGAAUGAGCCUCCGCAGUUUCCCCCUGAGGUUUACAAGGCCUCUGUGUUCAGCGUGGCCCCGUAUAAAAGCCCUGUGGUCUACGUCAAGGCCUCAGAUCCGGACUUCGGGGAUCAGGCAGCGCUGCUCUACACUCUGUCAGCGGGCAGUCCUUACUUCGACGUGGACCCGUCCUCAGGGCUGGUCUUCGUGGUGUCAGCAGCAGGUCUGGCUGGACAGACGGCUGUGGCCGAGGUCCGAGCCGCGGAUCCCCAAAACCUCCAUGCUACAAUCAAAGUGGAGGUGUCGGUGCAGGAAAGCGCGAGCAGCGACGUGGUGGUCGUGUCCCUGAACCGAGCCGCCAACGUGGUGGAGGAGAAGCUGCCCAGUCUGGAGAGGUCUCUCGGAGCCGUUCUGGACUGGACUGUGAGCGUCCUCAACGUGUGGAGCUCCAUCCACGGAGCCGCCACCUCCAGAGCGCCGCGCUCCGCUGCCCGGACGCGGGUCGGCUUCAUCGCUGCGCGCGACGGCGGCGCCGUCUCCUCUGGAGAAGUGACAAAGAAGCUGCAGAGCCGAGCCGACAUGCUGAGGGCCGAGCUGAGCGCGCUGUUUGGAGACGGGACGGACUGGGCCGUGGAGCUGGAGGGCGCGUCCGGCCCACCGGCCACCGUCGUGGCGCUGAGCGUCCUGCUGGGCCUCAGUGUCCUGGGGCUGAUCGGCACCGCUGCGCUCCUCAUAUGGUUCAAGAGGAAGGACAAACACAUGGACUCGGACAAGGAGAGUUUUGACAUUUCCCGGAAAAACGAAUCUUGCACAAACUCUCAGCCGAUGUCCGGAGACUCUAAACCAACGAGAUCAGAGAAAAAGCAGCAAGCGACAAACAAAUCACAGGAUGACGUGACGGUGGAGAGACACGGCGGCCGUUAUGAAGUUAUGAACAAGAACGGAGACGAGAGCCAGAUGUCCAGUUUGUGAUAUGUAGAACAGCUUCCUGUCAAAAUGUCUAUUUGAUUUGAGCUGUAAUAAACACAAGUAGAAAAUAGCUACAAAAAUCUGUGAACAAAUGUAAAAUAUGCUCUUUAUAAUGUAACGUCUUUAGCUUUAAGCGUUGUCUAGUUUCCUUUAGGUGACAAGUGAAAACCCUUAAUGCGGUUAUAGCACAAAACAAAUAAACUGUUUAGACAAAAUAUUGUCCUCUUGUAAUAAAAAUGAAAAUUGAACAGUAAAGUAAAUUUUCUUGUUGAGAACUGAGCCAAAAAUCAGAUAUUUUCAGUCUGACCUGAAAUCAUCAGAUUUCUGUUAAUGUCUGAUAUUUAUUCUGUAUUUACGGCGUUACCUUGAUGGUGCCGCUUCAACACCUGAAAAAGUUCGCAAUAAAAAUAAAUAAAAAU